AUGACCGAACGAUCCACCUGGAUCCCCUUUGCACGUGCUACAGCUCUUGGCUGGGUUCCCCUAACAACAACACCACUUCCUCAACUGAACUUAGAGCACGAUGUUCCUCCGAGCAACGAACUGCUCCACCUAAACAUUAGUGGUGUGCGAUUUGAUGUCUACAGAAGCACACUUGAAAAAUUUCCCGACACGUUAUUAGGAUCGAACGAAAAGGAUUACUAUUAUAACGAGGAAACACAAGAAUAUUUUUUCGAUCGUGAUCCAGAUAUUUUUCGUCACAUCUUAAAUUACUAUCGCACCGGUCUCCUUCACUAUCCGAAAAAUGAAUGCGUAUCUGCAUAUGAUGAGGAGCUUUCUUACUUUGGAAUUCUGCCGGACAUAAUGGGUGACUGUUGUUAUGAAGAAUAUCGCGACAGAAAGAGGGAUAUUAGUGAACGCUUAAUGGAUGAUAGGGAGGAUGAAAACACUAUUCUCACACCUUGCAAGACCUUUCGGGAAAAACUUUGGAGGAUUUUCGAAAAUCCUCAAUAUUCCACCUCAGCUCUUGUUGUAUACUACGUAUGCGGAUUUUUCAUCGCGGUUUCAGUCACAGCAAAUAUAAUCGAAACCAUUUCUUGUGGUUUUAACCCUAAAACCGGGCGGUAUCCUUCGUGUGGUGAAAGAUAUAGUCAAGGUUUUUUUUGCCUUGAUACAGCCUGUGUUUUAAUAUUUACAAUAGAAUAUUUGGCUCGAUUAUACGCUGCUCCGGAUAGACUCAAAUUUGUACGAUCAGUGAUGGCGUUAAUAGAUGUCAUCGCCAUUUUUCCCUACUACGUUGGACUGGGAUUACCAGAGAACAAAAACCUUUCUGGGGCUUUCGUAACACUACGGGUGUUUCGAGUUUUUCGGAUAUUCAAAUUUUCACGCCACAGUCAGGGCCUCCGUAUAUUGGGAUACACGCUAAAAUCCUGCGCGUCUGAACUCGGGUUUCUGCUCUUCAGUCUCGCAAUGGCUCUGAUUAUCUUUGCAACUGUGAUUUAUUACCUCGAGAAAACGGAUGUUGACACCCGUUUUACAAGUAUUCCGGCAGCAUUCUGGUACAUUAUUGUCACAAUGACAACCCUGGGGUGA